CAUACGUCAUCAAUACGAGCCCCGCGACUCGAUGAUUGUUGGUCUUCAGCUCACCAUAAAUUGAGAACUCCUGUUAGCAGCAACAUCUAACAAGCAGCUAACAAAGCUACUCAAAGACACACUCUCGUCUGGGUUUAUUGACUUCUUCGCUUGAACUUAACCGGCUUUUGGAUUUCCCUGCACCUGCAAACAUGGUCAACGUACACAAAGGUGUCCUCGUUGAAUGUGAUCCUGCCAUGAAACAGUUCCUCCUCUUCCUGGAUGAAAAGAUGGCUUUGGGGAAGAAGUUCAUCCUGAAGGACCUGGACGACACACACGUGUUCAUCCUGGCAGAGGUGGUUCAGAUCCUUCAGGAACGAGUCGGAGAGCUCAUGGACCAGAAUUCAUUCCCCAUCACGCAGAAAUGACAAAACUAUCUGAUCUCGGAUCCUGACUGUUUCAUCCUUGAUUACAUAAGCUUUGCAAUGUUUUAAUUGCAGUCCCUUAUUAGUUAAAAUUUGAGAAACUGAGUAAAAUGUCGGAUUUGCUUCUUGGUUGCACACUGGCUUACAUUGUAGUGUCUUAGUUGUGUCCAAUAUAUAUAAUGACUACUUUUUGUGUCUUGAUUUUGAUUAAAAAUUGAUGAAAUGUA